GGUUAUGUCCCCGACAUAACCCACCCGUCUUUUCCUUUCAAAUUUUUGCGAAACUUUUCCGUUUUUUUCCGGAACAUUGAUCUAUGGGCAGAGGCGAAUAUAACGAAAUAAAGAUAGCUCAAAUCGCACAAUUCGUUUUCGAGUUUUGCGCUGAGCAACACAUUUGGCAAUUCGUUUUAAUUUAUAUAGAUUUAAAAAAUAGAAGACACUCACAUAGAAUAAUUAGAUAAAUCUGAUAAUGUCUGAAUUUUUCAAGGAUCGAUCCCUAUACCGUUUAGAAAACCGAUUCGUCAGCAUCGAUCUUUCGAUAGAGAUCGCCCAAUCUUAUAUUAGACUUACUCCCACAUCUGGCAUCUCUGUCGUCACUUCCACUUUAUCGCAAUUCAGGACCAUUCACGUUUCAGCCUUCAUUCACCACCACAAUCAGACGCCUACUUGUUUUGGCUCGCCUCUGUUUUCAUUUGGCGAAACUCUUUCGGAGUCACAACGCGCGCAGUAUUCGUGUGUGAGCGGAAAAGAAACAAAAAUACAUAAAACCUGAGACAUAAAACUAGACAAAACAUUUUGUUGCCGUCGUCACAUCGUUUUUCGAUUCUCGAAGACACCACCAUCGUUGGCUGGCGCUGAAACGCACGGACAAUUAUUGUGUUGCAAAAUAAUACCAUCCGCGCCAUCGGAGGGAUUUGAGAUGCGUUAAUAAUUGUGUUUCUUUCGCAGUGUUUGUUUGUAUCCUUGAACGUUGUUGUUUCUUCGAUUCGACCGACCGUAAGAAAGUCUAAAGUUCAAUUCUGUGUGGUUCAUAAAACUCUCGGUUUCGAACGGUGAUUGAUAUUAAAAGAAACAAAUUCAAAGUCUAGUGUUCCGAGUUCCGAUCCGAAUUGUGCAUUCACCGAGGCGCCAGAGUGUGAAACGUGGGUGUUGCGCUGCAAAUUGUAGUGGGAGUGAAACAAAGCAAACUCCCCGUGCGAGUGCCCAAUACAUAAAUUAAGGUGACCGCUUGUGGUGAAGAAAACAAAUCACGACAACACGAGAAUGAGCCGGAUGUUCUAAAUUAAUGAACACACUGCAGAAAAGCAGUUUGGUUUCGAUGUAGACGAGUGAUCGCAAAAUCGGAGUAAAACAGAGCGACGACGACGCGUUUUAAGCGUUGCGUGCAUAGUGUUGGCGCCUUGCAACACUGGCGACAGAACCGGAAAUAACCGAGCCGGAGACGGAGGUGGCUGCACUGGCGACAGCAGCUGCAGCGGUGGUAACCACAAUGGAGGAGACAGAACCGCUGCCAUCGCCGGGGGCCUCCUCGUCCGCCUCGACCACCUUCGCCGAGAGUAUGUCCAACCUGAGCGACAUAUCGUCCAACACGGCGAUCAUCAACAGCAACAGCAGCGGCAACAUCCCGAACGCGGGCGGCGGUAACAUUGGCGGUGGCAAUGCAACCGGCGGCGGAAGUGGCUCCCAGGCAGGUUCCAGCCGGCCCCGAAUGGACAUAGCGUGUGUCAUUGACGCGGGGCAGGCCCACCGGAAGGUGGCCUUCGAAGAGCUCAAGCUGGCGUGUGUUCAGGCGUGCGCUAACCUGCAGCUGCUCGAGUUCGAGAAGCUGGACUUCGGAGAGCUCAACACGGUGGACAGUUUCUACAGUGCGGACGUGGCGGUGGUGGAUUUGAGUGUACAGGCACAGCAGAGUACCCUCAGCUAUCAUUUGGGGGUGCGCGAGAGCUUCGAGAUGAAGGAAAACAUUGUGAUCUACAAUGAUGUGGAUAGCGAGACUACGCUCAGGAUGAAGAUUUCCUGUGGUAACUACACGUUUGUGCCUUAUCGGGUGGUGGAAGGCGGAGGCGGGUGUGUAGUGACGAAUCCUGGUAAGAGCGGAUUUUUGGAAGAGGUGGAAUCGAAGGUGGGACUGUUGGGAAGACUGAGAAAAAUAUUCCAGGAUGUGGAGAUUCAAUCCAAGGCUCAUCUGAGGGAAAAGUUUCUGGCGGAUGUUCGCGGACUUAGGGACCAAUUCGCGGGGAAUGUGGAAGAGCUUCAGAAAAUGCUCAGAAAUAUGAGAAAGAGGCUGGAUGAUCCUCAUGUGCUGUCGAAGGAGAUCGUUCAGACGUAUAUGCUGUCGUUGAGAGACGUUCAAGAUUACGAUGCGAUGGUUCAACUGGUGGACGAUUUGCAGACGAUUCCUAACAAACAGAACUACAUCAACACCGGGAAUAUGAAUUAUCUCUACGCUUUCGCUUUGAACCGCCGAAACAAAGAGGGCGAUCGCGAUAAAGCCUUGAAGACCUGUACGAAAGCUCUCGAGAAGAAGGAGAACCACUUCCCAGACAUGCUCUGUCUGUGCGGAAGAAUAUACAAAGAUAUCUUCGUGGAAUCCAGCCAAACUGAUCACGAAUCGCUCCAGAAUGCGAUCACAUGGUAUCGCAAAAGUUUCGAGAUCCAACCGAACGAAUUCGCCGGUAUAAAUUUGGCAACCCUGCUCGUGAUCGAUGGGAAGGACUUCUCCGACUCGGAACUGCAGCACAUUGGCAUGGUGUUGAACAACCUGAUCGGCAAGAAAGGUUCUCUUUCGUCCAUCAAAGACUACUGGAAUGUGGCGACUUUCUUCGAGAUCUCAGUCCUCGCCGAGAACUACGCCAAAGCGAUACAAGCGGCCGAAUGUAUGUUCCGACUGAAGCCUCCCAAGUGGUACCUCAAAUCAACCAUCGGUAACAUCACACUCAUUGACUACUCCCGGCGCAAGUCGGAAGAAUCGGCGCCAUCGAUCGAGCAGCAAAUAUUCCAGUUCUGGAUGGAGUUCUUCCUGGAGGCCACCAAUGCGGAACCGUCCUCGACGAUACGCUUCCCGAUACUGAUCCAGGAGACGCACAAGAUCCUGAUGCCGUCGUACGUUUCGAUUCACAUGAAUGCCGAGCAGAAAUCGAUCGACAUCGUGAACAUCUGUCAGCAGCACGAGAAGGAGAAGUGCCGAAAGGUGCACAACUUUAACUUUCUCGCCAGCCAGAUCAAAUCGGUGAGCCUGUACAAGCGGGACGAACGGUGUGCCUAUUUGUACGUGCAGCAGAACUCGGACGACUUUCAGAUGUACUUUCCGUCGGUGCAGUGUCGGCAGCAGUUUUACGAUUUGAUACUCCAGAUGACCGCCGAUCAGGGCUCGGGAUUUAUCGAUCUGUCCUCGGAGACGACCAGCGAUGAGAUCAAGUACGAGUAUGACAUGGAUGACCAGAGCCGGAGGAUUGUGUUGGGUCGUGGCACCUACGGCACCGUUUACGCCGCCCGAGAUCUCAACACCCAGGUCAAGAUAGCGGUGAAGGAGGUGCCGGAGAAGUUCAGCCAUGAGGUACAACCACUGCACGAGGAAAUCAAACUCCACUCACAGCUCCGCCAUCGUAACAUUGUCCAGUACUGGGGCUCCAAAUCGGAGGACAAUUACUUCAAAAUCUUCAUGGAGCAGGUGCCGGGAGGUUCACUAUCGGCGCUGCUCCGCUCCAAGUGGGGUCCACUGAAGGACAACGAAGCGACCAUUGCGUUCUAUUCCAAGCAAAUUUUGGAGGGCCUCAAAUAUCUACACGACCAGAAAAUCGUCCACCGUGACAUCAAAGGGGACAAUGUGCUGGUCAACACCUACAGUGGGGUGGUUAAGAUCUCCGAUUUUGGCACAUCCAAGCGUCUGGCUGGAAUCAAUCCGGUCACAGAAACCUUCACCGGAACGCUGCAGUACAUGGCACCGGAGGUGAUCGAUCAGGGCGUUCGCGGUUAUGGGCCUGCGGCCGACAUUUGGUCGUUUGGUUGCACCAUCGUCGAGAUGGCAACUGGGAAGCCACCGUUUGUGGAGCUGGGAUCUCCACAGGCGGCCAUGUUCAAAGUUGGCUUCUAUAAGAAGCAUCCGGAAAUCCCGGCUGAACUUUCACCAGUGGCGCAGAAAUUCAUCAAGCGGUGCUUCGAGGUGGAUGUCAACAAGCGGGCAACGGCGGCCGAGCUGCUGGAGGAUCCGUUCCUGUCGGACAAACAGAAGCGAAUGCGAGCCUCGAUCAGCAUCCCGGUGUCCGUGAGUAGCGCGGAGUUUUCCCGCAGCAUCAGCAUGCCGGCGGAUCGUCAAGUGAGCAAAACGCUGACCUCUCAGCAAAGCUCUGCCAGCUGUAACACACCCAGCAUCAACUCGGAAUCAGACUCACCGCCAAUAUUCGCCUCAACCUCAAGAUCAGCCUCCAUCCGGAAGAACAAGCAUCUCGCUCAUUUGACACCAAUCCAAAUGCCAAACAAAGUCAGUAGCAUUGGGAAUCUCGCCGAAACGCCAUCGAUCGAAAUUGAAACCAUCGAUCCCUCGUCCGCCGGGUUUCAGCUCAAUCGAAGGAGUUCUUCCGGAGGACUGCUGUCGCCUGAGGUGGAACUGGCCUCGACUUCCAGCAAAUCCCCGCUGCUCAGUGGCGAAGCGAGCGAAAGCGACGGCUUCUACAUGCUGAAAAAGGACUCCCAGCGGCGAGCCACGCUGCACAAAGUACUCGAGCAUGACGAGCGUAAAAUCUGCCACGUAUGGAUGGAGAAGAUCGUCUUCGACCGGAAGGAGGCGGUCGUUAUCAACCUCUCUCAUCUGGAAAUCCUCAUCAAAGCGCUUCGAACGUACAUCAUCGAGCAGAAGAAGGAGCAGUUGGAGGGGGUGAUCAGUGGACUCAAGAAGAGCUUGGACUUUGACUCUACGGCUAUCGAUCAUCUGCAUUUGGCCAUGUAUUCGUUUCAGGAUGCGGUCAAUUCGGUACUGCGGUCGCACAAUAUUAAACCCCACUGGAUGUUUGCGCUGGACAAUUUGGUGAAAAGUGCCGUCCAGGCGGGGAUUAUGAUUCUUUCACCAGAACUGGGUCGCAAUUUAGCCGGCCAUGCUCACAACGACGACGACGAUGAUGACGAGGAUGAUAAUGCUGGUCGGGGUGGUCUCGCCGGAGCUCACGCAGCCGGAAUUGACGACGACGAUGACGAUGGCGAGCUGUCCACGUCUGGCGUGGGAACGGUCAAUUCGGUGACCCUUGCAAAACCGGCCAGAAUAAGCCGUUCGAAGAUGGCCCAGGAUCAAAUCACGGCGCUGCGAACGGAAAACAUAAGACUGAUGGAGGAUCUCUACGAAUCUCACAAAACGUACCAUGGCAUCCUGAAGACGGCUCUCGAGGGACAAACCGUGAGCGCCGAAAUGGUUCGUGCGCUGGCCGCUCAGCUCACCUCGGCCGCCAGCUGCCGCCAGGAUCGCGGUUCACAGGGCUAUGUAAGUGAUUUCGCUGAAAGUCCAGGAGUUAUAGAUGAGGUUGACUCGGCGAACAAUAAUUUUCUCCGGCCUACCACGGUGAGAAACGUCCCCUCCCGGAAGAAACCAGCUCUCUCCCCCCCGCCUGAUGUCGAGCUGGAAAAUUGGCUCCUCGACAAUGGCUUCCAGUCCAACGUGAGAGCGGCAAUCCAUGCAGAGGAUUUCACCUUUCAUGACUUCAUCUACGAAGUGGACCAGCAGGAUCUGCGAAGGAUGAAUCUGACAAUCGGCACCGAGGUGAGACUGUGGCGAAUGAUUCGAUCGUACCGGACUCGGUUCCCGUCGACGGUCGACGGGGAGCCCUACCCGAUUCUCUCUCCCCCGUCGCAUUCCUCCUCCUCACUGGCGACGGUUCUGCAAGCGAACGGGGCCGCCGAAGAGUUGCACCAUUUCAAACCAAUUUCCAACUCCAACAGUUACGACUCGAGCCAUUCGGCUGGCACUGCCGCCUCGUCGGAUUACGACUCGUGCAACGGAAUCGACUCGCCGCCCUGAUGCAAGCGGAAACGACGGCGGUUUCACCGAAAGCAAUAGAUGGAGGAAGAUAUACAAGUUUUGCUCCAAGCCUUUCGUCGUGGGUGAUUGAUUGAUCGCGCACUGUGUUAAAACGGGAGGCGCUUACAAAGUUACUCUUUGUAUUGAUCUAGUUUGUAAGUUCAAAGUUUGUCGAAAAUGUUUAAAAUUGUUAAAAUUUUAGCCCUUUAUAAAAGGGUUGAUUGCUAUUUUUCUCUCGAUUUCGAGAUAACCAAGCGCGCGCAACGGGGGAAAAUAUCUAAAAGAAGUGUCGAAAACAGGAAGGGCUUUUGGGAUACUGUUAUUUGGUUCGUACCGUUUUUUUGAUUAGGGGUUAAACAAACCGGGCUGUUGUCUUCCUGGUUUGUUUGUUUGUUUAUUGUUUUGCGCCAAAAUUGUUGGUAGUAUGAGAUAAUAGGCUAUUUUUAAGAAAAGAUGCAGCGUCUAUAUAUUAUAUACACUUUGCUACAGUGAUUUUUGCCAUUAAUGUGUGUACUCCUCUAAAAGUGCAACUGAUUUAAUAGUGUUAAGAAUAAACAUCGUCUCUGCUUUCGUGUGCCGUCAAAGCGGUGGAUCGCAAUUCA